UGUGUCUCUGUGUGUCUCUGUGUGUGAGUGUCUGUGUGUGUGUGUGUCUGUGUGUGUGUCUCUGUGUGUGUGUGUCUGUGUGUGAGUGUCUCUGUGUGUGUGUCUGUGUGUGAGUGUCUCUGUGUGUGUGUGUGUCUGUGUGUGUGUCUGUGUCUGUGUGUGUCUGUGUGUGUGUCUGUGUGUGUGUCUGUGUGUCUGUGUGUGUCUCAGCCGUGCUGAGUGCUCCGACUGUCACCUUGAUGCUCCACAAGGAUGCGACGCUGGAGGAGGGUGGUGAGGAGGGUGGUGAGGAGGGUGGUGAGGAGGGUGGUGAGGAGGGUGGUGAGGAGGGUGGUGACGAGGGUGGUGACGAGGAGGAGGAGUGUGGUAGUGAGCGUGAGGACUACAAACAUGACGACAAAGAUGGCUACGAGAAUGACGACGACGAUGACGGUGAUGGCGGCGAUGACGGUGAUGGCGGUGGCGACGAGGGAGAGCGGUGGGAGCUGUCCGUGCGGGUCUCCAUGAGGAGCGAGUGGAGGAGGAGGAUGGCGCAGAGUGACGUGCUGUACCAUCUACAAGCCGAGGUCUCCACAAGGAGGGGUGUGACUAGCACGGAGCGCUUUGUGGGAUGUCGCUACCGCCACGCGCUGCCUCAGCCUGCAGGCGCUGCUGAGUACUGCGUCCGCGUGAGAGUCGCGGCUCGCUACCCGCGGUGGAAGACAGGGGAGUGGUCUCCACUGUCGUGUGUCUCCGUCCCUCCACCACACAGCGCCGUGGCGGCCGUGUCGCCUCCAUCAGCUCGCUGGUGGCCAUGGCGACGCUGCUGGUGACGCUGCUGGUGCUGGUGCUGGCGCUGGUGUGCACCGUGCGGAACAGACGGAGCCCCGGCAAUCGUCCCGCGAUGGAGCAGCCAGCGACCGCCCCGAGCCUGCUCCCUGACAGUCCCGGCAGCCACCACCACCACUGCGACCACCACCAUCACCGCCGCUGCGACCACGACCACCACCACCACCAUCACCACGGUGGCGGCGGUGGAGGAGCAGAGCUGGCAACUCUAGAAUCCCGCCCCCGGCCCUGGUUGACAUUGCCGGAUGAAAGCCGCUCACCGAGUCGUCUCCGCACCAACCCGUUCACCUCCUGCAGGGUGACCGUGCGCUGGCCGCGAGACAGUGACCACCUCGCGUGGCACGCGCGACGUGCCGGGUUCCAGCUCGAGCCGUGACGACGACGCCCGCCGCUGUUGGCUCGGAGUUGGCGGCGUCCGUCUCUCCGCGUGGCGACGUCCGUUCCAGAGGAGAAUGAAUGAUGUUUUACACGGCAAGUUAUACAUGUGUAGUGUUGUAAAGGACGGACUAAUAAACCUCUUUAUGGCACACACAGUUUAUUGUCUUAAUGACACAGUCCCUAACACACACAAGGGUUGUACGGUCCCCUCACCCGUUACCCUGAG